UUCCUCAGGGACAACAAACAUUGAUCUGUGCCUUUGCAGACGGUACAGAGCGGAACAUUUUCUUUUUCACGCAAUAUAAUCUUUUUUCCCUGGAAACAAAUUAAAAACUUACUGACCAUCCGCGUUGGCAGAAUGAAUUUGUUUUUUUCCAUAUUUGGUUUCUUUGUUGAUUGGGAUUUAAAGAGUCUGCUGCUGUUUGCAGUUGUUUUCAUCAUCACAGCGGAUUAUGUUAAAAACCGUCGACCACUUGGUUUCCCUCCAGGACCCAGAGCUCUACCAAUUGUGGGAAACGUAUUUACAUGGGACCAAAACAGGCCCCAUGAGAAGCUGAUUGAGUUGGCAAGGACUUAUGGAGAUGUAUACAGUCUAAGAUUUGGUCAGCAAUGGGUAGUGGUGUUAAAUGGAUUUGAUGCUAUGAAGGAGGGUUUGGUUGUAAAUGGAGACAGCAUGGUGGACCGCCCAGUUCUUGCUUUGCAGGAUGAAAUAACAGGCGGAUUAGGUGUUAUAUUCAGUAAUGGAAACAUCUGGAAACAGCAGAGACGCUUUGCUCUUUCAACCCUCAAAUACUUUGGGUUCGGGAAGAAGUCUCUUGAGCCUGUCAUCCUGGAUGAAUUCACACAUUGCGCGGAAGAGAUCCGAGGCUAUAAAGGAAAACGUGUGAAUCCACAUCUCAUCAUCAACAAUGCCGUUUCCAACAUCAUCUGCCAACUGGUCUUUGGCCACCGCUUUGAGUACGGGGAUGAGAAGUUCAUGAAGCUGAUGCUGCUGUUUGACCAGGCACUCCAUAUUCAAACUUCUACUUGGGCACAGCUCUACAAUUCCUUUAAUCUGCUGAUGAGAUUGUUGCCAGGUCCACAUCAGACCGUCAAACAGAUCUGGUACGAUGUGAAGAAGUUCAUACGAGAAGAGCUGAACCAGCACAAGAAGAACUGGGAUCCUUCAAACAACAAAGAUUACAUUGACUGCUACCUGCAGGAGAUUGAAACGAAUAAAGCGCAGAAUGACAACACAUUUGAUGAAGAAAAUUUGAUCAUGUGUGUCCUGGAUCUGUUUGUGGCGGGAUCAGAAACCACAUCCACCACCCUGAGAUGGGCAUUUCUCUUCAUGGCUAAACACCCUGAAAUCCAAGAAAAGGUCCAAGCAGAGAUAGACAGAGUAAUUGGACAGUCCAGACAGCCAUCUAUGGAGGAUCGUGCCAACCUUCCCUACACAGAUGCCGUAAUCCACGAGAUCCUUAGGAUGGGCAACAUAACCCCUCUUGCCUUGCCACACUCUACCAACAAAGAAGUCCAGCUAGGAGGUUACACCAUCCCAAAGGAAGUGCUGAUAAUCCCAAAUAUAGCUUCAGUGCUGUUUGAUAGGAAAGAAUGGGAAACACCUUUCACCUUUAACCCGGCACACUUCCUGAAUGAGAAGGGCAAGUUUGCAAAAAAAACAUCUUUCAUCCCUUUCUCUGCUGGAAAGCGUCUGUGUCUGGGAGAAAACCUGGCCAGGAUGGAACUUUUCCUCUUUUUCACAUCCUUCAUGCAGCACUUCAAUUUCUCAAUGCCGGCUGGAGUAAAAGUUGUGAUGGAUUACCGCGCAGGCGUCACUCUGGCACCAAAACCGUAUGAAAUCUGCAUAACACCACGCUAAGACCAACGUUUUCAUUAUUUUAAAGAAAUGCAGGAGCAAAAAACAUACCUGCCAUGCGUUUCUGACCACAAACAUCUCUACACGAGUCAGGUGGAGAGUAACCAAUUUCUGCUGUUUAAAUGCAUACUGUGACAUUUGUUUUUUUUUUCAAUUGUGAACACUUCUACAUAAUUGCAAAUUUUGUUUAGAAGAGUGUCUUACAGAAAAAAAUACCUAGAAAAAACAAUUUCAGGUAGUUUUGGAAGAGCGAUCAAGCCAUUUCGCAAUGAUUUGGUGUUCAUCAUUCAGCAAACAAGCACAAUGAUUGACAUACUGAAAAUCGAAAAAACAUUUUUAAUCUUUCAAUGUGUGAAUACAAAUUCCUCCAGAAUUGGGAGAAAAUGCAAAACAAACCAAUAACUACACCUAGGCGUUUAGAGGCCACAAACAAGUUUUCAGUUAAAAAAUAAUAAAAACAGACAUUUUAUGAUUGUAUAGGUAGAAAACCAAAAAAAAAACAUAAAAAUGAACAUGUAUGUUUCAGAGAUAGAAGAUCUAAAGUGAAGGAGAACCCCGUCAGCAUUUUUCAGAGAAAUUAAUAGGAACAUGGCAGUACAGAAAAGGUUUGCAUAGCUGCUUCAUUGCAACAAAUCAAAAGGAAUCAACAUUCAUUAAUUAUUCCUAUUAAUACAGUGUAUUUUGCUUAUUUUGGUUUUGCAGUUUUAAAUUGUUUGCUUGUUGUGAUUUGAUGCUCUACUGUUCUCCUCCCAGAAGAUAUUAAAAAUGUACUUGCUUUACUUUGAACUGAAUCCACUACUUUACUGCAUCAACAUCUGUUCUCCAUUUAAUUUAAUUCAAAUGUAUUUUAUUUUAUUUCAUUUUAGUUUAUGUUUUAAUCUUUGUUCAGGGUAAUUCAUGGUGCUUUAAAAGAAAAAACAGGCAAUAAAACUCAUUAGAAACACAUAAUGCUUUGGAAAUUUUGAUUUUAGAAAAUAAAUCUUUAAGUGCCAUAUAAAAGUAACAUUAUGUGGAAAUAUAAACACAUAAUAAAUGUACUAAUUAUGUAUAAUUAUGGUCCAGGAAACACUGAGUGAGCAGGUAUCUGAUAAUCUCAAUGAUCUACAUUUAUUUUUUACCUGACCAGUACCUCUGAAAUAUCUUUAGGCCAAAAUUCCUUAAGUGCUUUGUAAUCCAUUGAAACAAUUUCACAUUCGAUCCAUUUAUAAAUCCUGAGCAAGCUCAUUCUUUUCAGUCCUCUUUUUUUGCCUUUAACUUUUCAUGCAAAAACAAUGAGACUAGCACAACAUGCUGGCUCUGUCCAGCAUGUAUUGUGGUAUUACACAUAUAGAUUUGGCCCAGCUCUGAAUUAGCAAAAUGACCUAAAAUGGUGUGUUUUAGACCCAGCAGUCUAAAAACUGCAUAUGUUGCCAUGGUUACUGACCCUGGUAAGUGAAGCAGCUUCAAGAUUGCUUUUAUUGAAAUUCCCAAACUGAUUCAAACUGACUCACUAAACCUGCUACGUCCCCCUCAAUAAGAGUCGGAUGUUUUUAGUAUGUUUUUAGUAUGUCCUCAUAUUAUUAUUUUAGCCCUGAAAGUGUGAGUACUUGCUACCUUUACCCUUUUCCAUACCUAAAAGCAUGUAUUGAAAAGCAUACUUUGGCCCUUUUUGCAAAAAAAUCUGCAACAGCUGAAAUUAUCCUUGGUAAUCUAUUUAGGCAAUUACUGCCAAAUAAACCAAUUUUCACCUAAAUGAAGUGCUUAUAAAUCCCAACCAUCCAAGUAUGGAAUAACACAAAUUCAGCACUGUUGGUCAUUCGAAUGAAGCCCAAAAUUAUACCAGUUCUGUUUGUCCAGUGUAUGCCCAUUAAUGAAAGUGGAAAUGCAACAUAGAUUUAGUCAGAUUAAUAAAAUAUUGAUUACAAAAGCAAGCAAGACCACUAAAUGACUAAAUGAGGAGGAACUGUUGACAAUAUGUGUUUAUUUUUGAACUGGUCAUUACAGCCUGGAGAGAUUCCACAUGAUGUCACUGUGAUGAAUAUUCUGCAGUCCAUGAAUGUCUAAACAGAUAUUUGCAAACUCUCUUUUGACAUCACAUAAUGGAGAAGUACUUGCUUGAAUUGACCAUGAGUUACUAAUUAUGUUGCUCAACAGCACAGAGUGCGAAGAUGUUUUGCUUCCCUUUUAAACAACGGAAGGUACAGACCUGAUUCCAGGUGUUUGUUAUCUGCUGAUUUGACUUAAAUCCCUGUGAUUUACACUUGAAUUGAUCUUAAUUUAUUUGUACUUGUUGCAACUUUUUUCUGAAAAGAUAAGAUUAUCCUAGUUACAAGCUUGUUUUUGCAAUUUUUAAACAGAAAAAAUGUCAAACGGAUGUAUGUCGAGAUCAUAAAAUCCCUUCUCUGCAGAAAAGCUUGCAGACAAAUGCACGAUUUCCUAAAACCUCCUGGUGGCUCUGUGUUCCUUAUAAGAAGAAAAAAAAGACCCAUUUCAAACAAGAUGUUGUCCAGUUUUCAAUUUCUUCAGCCUCAGUGAGAGAAAAGAGCUUCAGCACAAACUCACAGGAUGCAGAAGUUAGUUCUGGGGUCUGGAUUUCUCCUUCUUCUGACAGUCCUAUAUCUACUUAUAAUGAGGACGACACUCCAGAUUCAGUCCAAUCAGUCUUCGCCAAAAAAAC